GAGAUGCUCAUUUGGAGACGUAAUCAUCCAGAAAAACCGGACCAAAGCGAAAGAAAAUAAAGCCGUUGCUGCAGGGCUUCCGCCUAAACUUCAAAGUUCAAACCCUAACCUCCCGGCCUUUGUUCGACUCCAACGGCUGUAAGUUUAUCCUCUCUCUCUCUUCCGUGCAGGGAUUCUCGCAGUUUCUCUGACUUCAGUUCAGAUUUCCACGUGAGGGAGAGGGGAGGGAUAAAGUAAUAUGUACAACAAGUGUUUUGUAAUGUCUUGGGUUUCUUCAGUCAAUUGAUUGGUUUUAGUGCUAUUCCAGCUUUUCCUGCGUCAUCACCUCAAAACAUGGAACAGAAAAGAAGUGAGCAAAGUAUGCAAAAAGUCCUGGAUUUCAAGUGUAAAAAGAUUCUUCCUGUUGGAGAGAAAUCUAGUGCUUUAUCUCCUCCCCCUGUGAAAAAUUAUAAAGCCUUUGAAAACCAGAGUAAUGUCAUUGUAUCUCCAACACCUGAAAAGACAACUGAACCUUCAAGGCAAGAUCUACUGGAAGAUGAUGCUAUUGACGUCUUCGACAAAUGCAAGACAUUGACGGAUCUCCUUGAUCGUAUGGACAGUUCUGUGAGGUUGCUCCAACUGCGUAAAAAGUUGCCUACUUUUCAAAAUAUUUGCACUCAGGUGGAGGUGCUAACGAAAAGGAAAUUCUCAUACUGCCAUCUUGCACAGAUAAAAUACAUACUUCCUGAAGCAGUUCAGAUUGAGAAGAUUCUAGUUCAUGAUGAGAAAACACUAUGCAUGAAGCCUGAUUUGAAGAUUUCUCUACUAUUUAAUGCCUUACCAGCUCAUCCAGAUGAGGCAGCAUCUAUGGUAAUGCGGCAAGUUUUCCGCGCUAGGCUCUUAGAUUUCUAUGACACUCAUCCUAAGGAAUGUGAUAUUCCAGAGGCCACAUUACCAGAGCCCUUUAACAAAACUGCUAUCAAUCUUCCAGAGUCAUUGACCACGGGAUCACCGAAGAUAUCUUCUCCGACCUCUAUUGAACUUGAGUUGCUGUCAAACUCAUCACAUCUAUCUAAAUCUUCUGGAAAGUACUUCUCUAAGAAGAUUAUCGUCCCGGAAGCUGAAAAGACUCAAAUCUUACCUUCCUCAGUGCCUCUGCUAUCUGUAAGCUCUUGUAGUGAAACUAAUAUGUAUUCUGGAAGCUUGCAAGAGAAAGAACCAUCUAAAUUGACCAGAAAUAUGUCCUCUGCUGAGCCAAUCUUCAGUCCACUGCCCUCCAUGAACUCCAAUGCUUGUAAAAGCCCUCUUGUGAAUCUUCUUUCAGUUGCAGAUAAUUUGGUCACAGAAACACCAGUGCAGCAAACACCAAAGAGAUCGAUUCCCAUUUCUGAUGACAAGAUAGUCACUAGCACUGGUGAGGCUAGGGCAUCAAGCCAUUCAGCUGCAAAGAGGUCCUUAAACUUCUCAACUUUGAAUGAUGAUGUGAGUGAUUCAAGUGCUAUCUUGGAGGAGUCAAAGCAGCAUGAUUUUAUUCUUAGCCCUCAGAGUUCAGCAACAAAGGAGAUUCUUAUGAAAGAAGAUGGGCUCAGAUCUCCCAUUGCACUUUCCAAAAUGGAGGAGGAAAAUAAAGACCACAUAGCUGAGGGUGGCGAGAUAAGUUGUAAAGGUUCAGUAAAGUGCCGGCAGAUGCUUGCUUUGUUGCCUGAUUUGUUUGAUCUAGUUCAAAUUAUAUUUCAGUCUGCGAGCUUUUCUUUGAUCACGAAACAGGAGCUUGUGCACAAAAUUAUAUGGAAUAACUGUGAUAUUACUGACAUAAAAGAGGUUGAAGAACAGCUUGAGCUUUUGGAAGAGCUAGUUCCAGAUUGGAUUUGCAAGAAGUUAGUACCUAGUGGGGAUAUCUUCUACUGCAUCACGAAAGUCUCUGAUCUGGUGUCCAUUCGUGAAAGGCUUGUUGACGCACUGUAGAUAUUUUGGGUUUGACCUCAUCCUUUUGAGACGAUAUGACAGAUCAUAAUCCUUUGGGGCCAAUGCAUUUGGAUGGCUAUGGAUCCAAUGUUCUUGUUGACUAACCCCGUUGAAAGCCAUCACCUAGGGCAGUGGUUUUUUUAUUUUUAAGGGGAGGGGUGGGGGAGGGUGGUUUGGAAGCAAAUAGUUUUGAUCACCUACAGAUGAUUUUUGUUGAUGGUAAAAGAACUGCAACAGUGGAGCGGGGGUGGAAUAAUGCAACAGUGGGAUAGCAAUUUAAGUAAUUUAAGCUGUCAAAUACUUGUAGAACUAAUAGAGACUAGUGUUAAACUAUGUUUUACCAAUGAUGUUAUGCCUGUCUUUCUGUGCU